GCCGGAGCCCUCCCCCGGGCCGGGCCGGGCCGGGUCGGUGCCGCUCGGGUCCGGGGCACCAUGGCUGCUGCCAUCGGAAACUUCUUCCGACGGAGCCUGCGGCGCUCGGGCCGCAGAGAGGGAAAAGAGGAAACCUCUACUGCAGAGAACCCCUCCCAGGUGCCACAGGGGAAACCAGGAGAGUGGAGCCCCCUCCUCUGCUCUGCUGGGCAGUUUUUCUUUGAGUACCUGGUGGUGGUGUCACUGAAGAAGAUGUCAGAUGGACGUUAUGAGCCCAAGAUAACCUACCAGUUCCCAAAGCGGGAAAACCUCCUGAAGGGCCAGAAGGAGGAGGAGGAACGUUUGCUGCAAGCCAUCCCCCUCUUCUGCUUCCCUGAUGGCAACAACUGGGCCCCUGUCACCGAGUUCCCCAGUGAGACCUUUUCUUUUGUUCUGACCAACGUGGAUGGCAGCAGGAAGAUUGGUUACUGCAGGAGGCUGCUGCCAUCUGGCCGUGGUGUUCGUCUCCCUGAGGUUUUCUGCAUCAUCAGCUGCUUGGGCUGCUUUGGGCUCUUCUCCAAGGGCCUUCGGGAAUCACCCUUCCCAGCUCCAGGGAAAUCUGUCACCAUCAAAAGCUUCAUCCCUGACUCAGGCACAGAGCUCAUCGAGCUGACACGGCCCCUGGAUGCCCACCUGGAGCAUGUGGAAUUCCAGGCUCUGCUCCAGAGGCUCAGCCCCCACCUCAUCCUCCACAUCUUCGCCUCGGCCGUGUUGGAGCGCAGGUUGAUCUUCCUGGCCCAGGAGCUGAGUGUUCUGUCUCAGUGCAUCCACGCCGUGGCCGCUCUCCUCUACCCCUUCACCUGGGCUCACACCUACAUCCCCGUGGUCCCCGAGUGCCUCCUGGACACCGUCUGCUGCCCCACACCCUUCAUGGUUGGCAUCCAGAUGAGGCACCUGGAGAGGGUCCUGGACCAGCCAAUGGAGGAGGCCCUGAUCGUUGAUCUCUGUGAAGGGAAGAUCAUCCGGGCAGUCGGUGAUGAGGAGGAGAUUUUGCCCAUCAAGCUGCAGAACGAGGUCCUGACAUCUCUGACCAGGCACAACAACAACAACAACAUACACACACCCGAGCAGCUCAAUGCCCUGGUCUCUGAAGCCUUCGUGCAGUUCUUUGUCCGUGCUGUUGGUCACUACUCCUCCCACAUCAAAUGGACAAAAAACGGCUCUGGCACCUUCCAGGAGAGAGCUUUCUGCAAAGCCAUCACCUCCAAAACCAGCCGCAGGUUUGUGAAGAAGUUUGUGAAGACCAACAUGUUCUCCCUCUUCAUCGAGGAAGCAGAGAAGAGCAGGAUCCCACAGGAAGCCUAUUUCCAGAGGAAGAUAACUGAGUACCAUGAACAGAAGAAGCACCGAAGAGACUCCUGAAGAUCAACCUGGGAGCCCAGGAGCAGAGCUGGGGCCCAGCAGGUCCUGCCCAGCAGCAGCUCCUGCACAGACCAAGGGCAGAGCCCCCGGACUCUGGCUCUGUCCUCCUGCUCCUGCCUGGGCAGCACUGAACAGCCUGGUUCUCCCCUUUCUUUUUUUUCCUCAGGGCAUCCUUGCACUGGAAAACUCUUUUGCACAGAGCUGGGAUUUCUCCCUCUCAUCUUGUCAGCACCGGGGACAAAACCCAUCCCCAGGGCUCCACCAGGACCUCAGGCAGCAAGGGAGGGAAGGCAGGGAGCUGGUGGCAGGACAGCAAAGGUUGUAGAGUAAUUGGUAGAGAGAAAAAUAAAAAGGAUGAGUAGGAAAUAGUGUUAUUUCUAAUUAAAACAAACCUAGGGUUUGAAAAGAAAUAACAUCCUAGCAAGUAAGGUUUUGAAGUUUCUAUUAUCAACUGGUUCUCUUUAUUUUCCAUCGAGUUCUUCUAUUGUUACAGACCAGCAGGAGCAGUGUGGGGGAUUCUGGUGGUUUCCUCUCUAGCUGCUGCCUUGGUACCACUUAGAGCCCAGUUUAGCUCUUGAAAGAAAGAAAAAUACUCUUUCCCAAUUUUAUUUAUUUGCCUUGUAAGCCAACUGUGAAGGCCAUAGGGCUGUGUGUGUAGGAGAGGGAAGGGGCAGAUCUGCAGCCCCGGGGAGGGAGGAAGUGUUUGGUAAAUGAGGAGUAAAAACAUCACCAUCCUCCUUGUUUCUGGGUUUUGUGAAUUCUUCUAAAACCUGGCAGCUCACUGAAACGUGGUGCCUGCAGCAGGUGAAGUUCAGUUAUGGGUCUGUCCCUUUCCUGAUGCAUUCAUCCAGGGAAUAAACAGAGCAGGGAACGCUGGUGCUGGGUCCUUCCCAGACAGCCCAGGGCCAGAAACUUCUCCCAGCAGAGCUUGGAGGGCAGGCAGAGCUUCCCCCUGCUCUCUGGGAUGUUUUAACCAAGUUAUUGGGUUAUAACCAAGCUGCUGAGUGUUGGGCACCCAGCUGGCCAUGUGCAGAUCUUACCAAAACCAGAGCUGAACCCAACUUCUGCUGCAGGACUGAAAGCCACAGGAGAGAGAUUUUUACAUAAACACAAGGGGAAAAACAACAACCCACAAAACCCCAGUCUGUCUGCCAGGCAGCUUUCACUUGCAGAGCUGUUGAACACUUAAUGAAAACGAGAGGGAUGUGCAGGACACUUAUUCCAGAGCUGGGUGUGGGAAUGCCCCAAUGUAAGGGACAGAAACACAACUGGCCAGAGGGCACAAACUGAACAGCUCUGAAAAGCUCCAACCCCACUGAAGGAAGAUUGUUAAUUUCUGUUCAGCACUCUGUGUGUUUGGAGGGGGAGGUGGGAGCAAGAAUUACUUGUUAGGAAAAGGGGGGAUUUUUGGCACUGUGGGUAUCUUUGGCUCCACAAGUUCCUCCUCAGAGAUUUAACUACAGGAAACUAAAGGGUUCCUGGGCUUUCUCUGUGGCUUUUUUUCACUUUAAAAAGUUCACCUGCCAGCAGAAAAUUGUGUGUGUGUGCUUGUAAAAUCCAGGGCACCUAUCAGGAAUUGUCCCUCAAGAAAAGACCACUUGCCUCCUCCUCCUCCUUGCUCAUUCCCAUUUGGAGAAGCCCACGACCUCUGUGGUUGGGAAGUGCCAACCCUGUCUCAUGGAGACAAAUGGGAAGUGGUCCUUGCUUUGGAAAAG